AUGUCGACCUUUGACGGUAUAGUGAGGGAAUUUCCCUACAUCCGCAUCGAUAAUUUCACAAAUUACCCGGAUGAACCGCCUCCGCUCGCCUGUUUCCUCAGCCAUGUCCACAGUGACCACUUGAAAGGACUCGAGUCGUUCAAGUCGACGUUCGUAUAUUGCACCGCACAAACCCGCGAGCUACUUCUUCGCUUGGAAAAGUAUCCUCACCGCAUGAACUUUGCGAGAGGCAUCCUAGAGUCGAGAAAGCAGACAUAUCGUCGACUCAAGAAUCAUAUCAAACCAAUACCUCUCGAGACACCGACUGAAAUCGAAUUGGCCCCUGGACAGUCUAUUCGUGUAACUCUUUUCGACGCAAAUCACUGCCUUGGAUCAUGUAUGUUCCUUAUAGAAGGCAACAAUCAAGCCAUUCUCUAUACUGGUGAUCUUCGAUCAGAGUCCUGGUGGGUGAACAAUCUCAUACGAAAUCCUGUCCUUAUACCAUACACCAAAGGUACGCAGCGACUCGAUAACAUAUACCUUGACACCACCUUCACGAACAGUGAUGCUUUGGAGUAUGAGAUGCCCUCAAAAGCCCAAGGCUUGAGCGAACUGAUCCACAAAGCAUCCCAAUAUCCUCCAGACACCACCUUCUAUCUGAACACGUGGACCUUUGGUUACGAGGAGGCUUGGAUUGCACUUGCAGCUGCUCUGAAGACCCGAGUACACCUCGAUGAUUAUCGCUGGCGGUUAUACUUUUCACAAAGAGAUGAACCCACUUGCUAUGGACCGCAGACUGCGCCUUUGGUGGGCUACAGACUCGGCAACCACGAGCAUCCUGGAUGUCUGACAAACUCUUUGGAAGGCGUGCGAAUCCACAGCUGCGAAAAGGGUACCCGCUGUAAGGUGUUUCAAAAUCCAAACGUGGUAUGGAUCAUACCGAUAAUAGCUCGACACAAAGGCUAUGAGAUUGCCGAGAUGGGAGCUGGUGGAGGUCAGGGUGAUUUGAACCAGACACAUUCUCUUGAACUAUACGACCAAGCCAGCGUUCAGCAACUGCUGCUCAUCUGCAAUAGAGCGCUUCAAGCCCAGCCCGAGCUCAAAGGACCAAUGAAAGAAUGGUUCAUGGCACUAAUGAAGAGCGGCAAAGAAUCUAUCGACCUCGAUCUUGAGAUUCUGCGUGAGGAAGUCGAGAUCACCAGUCAAGACGGCAAGCCGGAUGAUGAAUUUGACAUGGAUAACUUGCCUAUUGACAAGCUGAUACCGGCACUCACAAGAUUGAUCACUGGGAAGGCCAAUCAGGAGGCAGAGAAUCGUGUCAAAAAGCAACGACAGAUUACAUUCCCAUUCUCUCGCCAUUCAUCCUAUCUGGAGCUUCGUGAGCUUGUACAAGCCUUGAGACCAAAAGAUAUAUACCCUUGUACUGUCGACAGGUAUACUUAUACCUCAGACAUAUCGAUGGAGAUGCUGUUCGGAGAUCUUUGCUCGGCCAACAUAUUCCAGGCAGACAAGGAGCUUCACGCAGAACUGGGCAUAAAAAACGUAGACGCGGACGAAUCUCAAAGAAGCACGCCAUCACCUUCGAAGGAUAGAUCAGUAUCGCCAGCCCCAAAUUCCAUCAAACCAGUGAUCGCUCUUGCACAAUCAGAGCAGUGUACUCGGUCGGAGGCGAGCAGAGCACCUACAAAUCGCAGCUCGUCAACGAUAAGGCCUGAGACGCCACGCAAACGAGCGAGGAUAUCAAGUUCCAGACAGAGCAGGACCCCAAGCAGUACUAAGAGCGAGAAAGCACGCAUGGAAGCAAUGUACAAUGCAGCGCUGAGCCAGAAAUGGGAGAAAGGGUUCUUUACCAGCGUGGACGGUUAUCACAAUCAGGAGCCAGAGAAGGAGCUAUGA